AUGUCUACGGCAGCCAAGUCCGAAGGAGCCGACACUCCGCACUGCACAGCAAAGCAAGCAAACCCCUUUCGAAAGACUGCCCUCUGUUGGCAACUGUGGAAUCCCCGGUCACGGUGGUUGGAUUGGAAGGCAAAACCACACCGACAGCAAAAGGGUCAAGACAAGCUUGGAGUAACAUCGCCGUUCUACAAGGAAGUAGAUGGUAUCUACAUCAGCUCUUUCUUCAAAGAGGACAACCUCCGAUCGGCGUUCGCUUACAAACCACGGCCGGACGACGUCUUCGUCGCUUCCUACCCAAAGUGCGGUACCACCUGGAUGCAGUGCAUCGUCCACUGCAUCCUCAACGAUGCCGUGCUACCAGACAACUCCGUAGAUUUUAUGCUGGCGUCGCCUUUCAUCGACUUUACCGGCGCCGAAGGUCCGGAUAGAAUGUCUCGACCGGGGGCCAUCAAGACGCACCUCCCUUUCGACAAGGUACCGUACUCUCCUCAGGCAAAGUACAUCUACGUCACCAGGAAUCCUUACGACUGUUGCGUCUCGUACUACCAUCAUAUACUGAGUACACCUCUCAAUCGGCCCGAAGACGGGGACUUCGGACAGUUCCUCGAAAGAUUCAUGAGGGGUCGGGUAAAUUGGGGGGACUACUUUUACCACCUACUCUCCUGGUACGACCAUAGACACGACCCCAACGUCUUGUUCGUGACUUUCGAAGAGCUCAAGAGGGACACGUCUUCGGGGAUUCUCAAGGUCGCCGACUUCCUCGGAAAGCAUUACGGUUGUAAGUUGAGGCAGGAUGAAGCUCUGCUUCGGAGGAUACUCGAGGUAGUCGAGGUGCGGGAGAUGAGGAAGAUAUUUAAUGAUGACAUGUUAGGCAUGAUGUCACGGUUUUUGUCGCUGCCCCCCGAGAAGGCUCUACGCUCGCUUGAGGUUUGCAAGGCUCCGCUUGGUGCAGUUCAAGACGAGCGGAAGAAGGAAGAGUUUAUUCGAAAGGGCGUCGUCGGCGAUUACAAGCUUCACUUCACGACUGAUCAGGCAAGCAGAAUGAAGGACUGGAUCACUACUAAGACAAAGAAUAGUGACGUCAUGCUGUUGUGGAAAGAUAUUGACCUUCCGUGAUUGCGUUUUCAGCUAGGUACCCAGAGACAUUUAAGUCUAUGGGUACCUUUAAGUGCUUCAUUCCCAAACGUGGUUUUUGUACAGCGUGUAAUAUAGCUCAAAGGCGUAUCGGUCUGUGUUAAUUCAAUUGAUCUGCAUUCACUAUAAAAACAAAAUUAAGCG